AUGACAUUGCAAUAUGCAUCUUCCCACCUCCCCUCGCAAACGAAUAGACAAUACCUCCGCCCAGACUCCUCCCAAUUAACCAUUACCCCAUAUCGUACCUCCCGCCUCGCCCGUCCCUACACCUCCAGCAACCGCCAAGUCACUCCAUUAGAAGAAGAACAAUCCCAUUCCUCUUUUCACCCAUCUCAUUCAAACCCAAAUCUCCGCUCCACAACCUCCUCUAGACUGGUCUACCACUCCCACCUUUUCGGCCCGGACUACCCAGCCCACUCCAACCACUCGUUGUCAUCCUUCAACUUGCGCUCCGGCUCCGGCUCAGUCUCCGGUUCCGGUUCCGGCGGCAGGUCGAUGACGGCGGUCGCGGGUGCGGGUAUGAUGAUGGACAUCGAACGGACGAGGGGACCACGGAGGGAGAGAACAUUUGUUGGCAGCGAGUGCGCUGUCUGUGAAGAACCGCUUGAACAUACGCUUAGGGGGGAGCGGGUGUUGCAGUUGUCGUGCGGGCAUGUAUCGCAUGAAGCUUGUUUUUAUGAGUUUAUUAAAGAGUUUGAGGCGCAGUGUUGUCCGACGUGUAGUGCGCCGCUGGGUUUGGAUAGUAGUCGUGGUGGGAAUGUGCUUGAUUUAGAAAAACUCUCCAACAUAGUCCGCUCCGUGUCCGUCAGCGACUCCUCAACACACCGCGGUAAUCAAAAUACCCCCACCCCUUGGGACAUUAACGGGACCUCCAGCAACCGGCCCCUCGACACCCUCCACCACCAUGACAACCUCCACAACCCCCAGCUAGCCAUUCACCAUAACCGCCGCCACAGCCGCGACACAAACAGCCAACGCGAGCGUAUCGAACGCCUACGAACCCCCUCCACCUCCCGCCACCCACACUCCCGCUCAGAUAGCGGCACCUCGGGGCCAGAUUCCUACAACAACAUUCACCACCACCACCACAGCAGCCACAAUAAUGUCGAAAACACAACCGGCCGCCGCCACGACUAUGACGUCCAAGCCAUGGAGUCGGACCUGCUGAAUCUCAGCCCGCGGCCCGGAACGACGUCACUGUCCAUCACGCAGGGGGUGGGCGUGAAGAAUCCUAUUCCCGCCCCGACGGUGACGGUUCGUAGCGAGUUUCCGACUAUUUGUCGGUCGAGGACGCAGCAGGCACUAACAUGUUUGGUUACGGUUGAGGUUCCGGGGCCAGAUUGGGGGGGUUAUGGUGGUGUUUUCGGUGGGGGGGAGGAGGAGGUUGGUGGGAAUGGUGGGGGGAGUGGUGGCGGGAGUGGGAAUGCUAAUAAGCAGGGGGCGCGAGGGUUGCCGGUUCAUUAUGAGGCGCCGGAGGUGUUGGAGGAGAUUACGGAGCAGUUGAGGGUUAGGGUUGAGAAUUGGCAUGGGUUGGAUUUUCAGAGGUUUGGAAAUCUCAAGUUGCACGGCGUGGUUCGUGUUGGUAAGGAUCGUGCAUCAUGGCAGGAGCUGGAAUGCUAUCUGUUCGCAGAGAUGCUUAUUUGCGUCAAGGAGAAGAAGAAUGGGCAGAAUCAGUUUGAGGAUCCCAGGACGAAGCGGAAGCUGACGAGGUGUACGCUUAAGGGAUCAAUUCUUAUCAAGAAGCAUUUGAAAGAUGUAGAUUCUGUGCCUGAGGAACCAAUCCUAACCCUAAAUCUCUCCGUCGCCGAACUCCCAUGCUUCCACCUCCAAUUCCAAUCCCGCAAUCAACUUGAGCUUUGGCGACGCGCCCUCCUAGACCUGCACAAUCCAGAUGCAGACCGCUCACUCGCCCUUCCUCGUACUCACAACCAAGACUACAACUACGAUCUCGACAACUCCGGUACCGAAGAAGACGACUACCGCACGCACCAAACCAUCAAGCGCGUCUCUUCCACCACUUCUUCCUACGGCGGCGGCACCAGAUCCAACAAUACCGCCCUAACAGACUACACAAAUUCCAUCCGCGACGUCACCACCAUCUCAACAACAAGCACCAUCCCGCCAACCUUUCACAUCCCCCUCGACCUUGUUGUUGUCAUCCCCGUCUCCUUAUCCAUGCAGGGUCUAAAAAUAUCCCUCCUCCGCGACACCCUGCGCUUCCUCGUCGCCAAUCUCGGCCCACGCGAUCGGAUGGGUCUUGUAACCUUCGGUUCUAGCUGCGGCGGCGUACCGCUCGUAGGCAUGACGACGAAGAUGUGGGGUGGGUGGCCGGCUAUAUUGGGAGCUAUUAGACCGGUCGGGCAGAAGAGUUUGCGUGCGGAUGUAGUUGAGGGGGCUAAUGUGGCGAUGGAUUUGCUUAUGCAGAGGCGGUCGAGUAACCCCAUAGCGACGAUUUUGUUGAUUAGCGAUUCGUCGAUGGGGGAAGGGGAGAGUGUGGAUUUUGUGGUUUCGAGGGCUGAGGCGGCGAAAGUCGGAAUCCACUCUUUCGGCUUGGGUCUGACACACAAGCCAGAUACCAUGAUUGAGCUAUCAACCCGCACCAAGGCGUCGUACACAUACGUCAAGGACUGGAUGAUGCUCCGUGAGUGCGUGGCGGGAUGUCUCGGGUUGCUGCAGAGCACGUCUCAUCAAAAUGUGAAGUUGAAGCUGCGGCUUCCUGAGGGUUCGCCGGCGAAGUUUGUGAAGAUUAGCGGGGCUCUGCAUACGACUAAGCGUGCAGCGGGGAGGGAUGCAGAGGCUGCAUUAGGGGAUUUGAGGUUUGGGGAUAAACGAGACAUCCUCGUCCAACUCGUCAUAGCCCCUGACACAACAACCCAAGAACACCUCCCGCAAGAUCCCUGGGAAUCCAUCGUCUCAGGCCUAGAAGCGCUCUCCGGCCCUCUUGACAGCGACGACCAACGAACCAUCUCUGUCGAAGAAGUGCCCCUACUCCAAGCCGACCUGACAUACGGCGAUAUCUUGCGCGACGGCCACUUGACACACUCUCCCCGCCCUUCAUUGCUCGCCAUUACUAUGCUCCCGACCUCUCAGCGGAAAUCGAUAUUGGGAUCUGGACGCCCGACCACACCCCCAAUCCCACCACACCCGUCAAUCGUGCAGCGGCGCAUGGAGUUGUUGACAUCGGACAUGCUAUCGCGUGCCCUGACGCUUGUAUCCCGCUCGCAGCAGGAGAGGGCGCAGCAUCUGCUGACGGAGACGAGGAGUAUUCUUAAGGGUUUGGGGAAGGGGGGGUUACCGCCUUUGCCGCAGCGUUCUAAUAAGCAAAGCGGUAACAAUAGCAGUACCAAUAGUGGUUUCGCGAACGCCACAUCCGAAGCGUUGACAGACACCACUGGCACAACCACCGGCAGCACGGGCACGAACCCGCCCUCCCCGCGCCCUUCAACCUCUCCAUCUCCACGCGCCUCCUCCAUCCCCCCACCGCCCCCUCACUCCUCCACCUCCACCUCCACCUCUGCCUCAACCCCGUCCCCGUCCCCCCCUUCAUCGUCCGCCACCAUAACCCCGACCCCCUCCCACCCCCACCCGCACACCAUCGACCCCACUCUCCUAACAGCCCUAGACACCGACCUCGACACUGCUCUCGAAUGGAUAAACCACCCCGCGGUCUUUGGACGGGAUUCGCGCAAGGCGGUGCUGCAGGCUAUUGGUGUCAUUUCAUCGCAGAGGGGGUGUACGUUCCGCACGCCAUCGGAGGCCCAUUGGGCCGAGAGGGUUGAGGGUGUUAGGCGGAUGACGGAGAGGUCGAGGGAGUGGAGGGAGAGGGAGGGGGGUGUUGGAGGGAUUGUUGGGGAGGGGGUUGUGGCAGAGGAGUAA